AUGUAAAAAACAUUUUUAGUAUCAGGAUUGACACUCCUUUUAAGCACAAUUGGUUACAUCCAAAAUCAAUAACCUGUUGAUACUGUCUAAAGGGCAUUUUAAAGUUUUAAGAUAAGAUAUAUGAAGACUUACAAUAAAGCUGAGGAAGCUUUUAGAAGAGCCAUCUUUGAAUAGAACUUUGCAAAAAUUUUAGCUCACAAUACUGAGAGGAAAUUUACAUACUUAGCUAUUAUCAAUCAAUUCUCAGAUUUGACUUAAGAUGAAUUUGUUGCCAUCUAUUUGACCUAUACUCCACCUGAGGGAUGGUAACCAUCAGAUGAAGAUGUUGUUUAAGAAGGUGUUAAACCAAAUGACUCAGUUGAUUGGAGAUCGCAAGUUCAUGUUAAAAACCAAGCAAGUUGUGGUUCUUGUUGGGCCUUUUCUGCAGUUGGUGCUGUAGAAGCUUUCUUUAAAAUCGUAAAAGGAGAAGAUUACAGUUUAUCUGAAUAAUAAUUAAUUGAUUUUGAUAAGGCUAAAAACAGAGGAUGUAAUGGAGGAUAUCCAGACUUAGCUAUCAAAUAUAUUGCAACUAAUGGAGUCGAUCCUGAAAAUUACUAUCCUUAUAUGGCUAUAGAUUAAGCAUGUGCAGAUGAAACAGGAUCAAUAAAAAAUUCAGGUGUUUAAAGCAUU